ACGCAUGUACAGUACACAUCACCGACUGACUGUAAUAUAUUUUGGUGCGUUUGAACCAAAGAAAUUCCUCUCUAGUAUCUUUGUUUUAAAUAAGACAUAUCCAAGAACGUGGGCGCAAUGUCUGGAGGUUUUCGUUAUUGUCUACGAGUUGGGAAAAUGGUCCUGUGCGGCGUAACUACUGGCGUAGCUGCGGCAGCCGUGGUGUACAAAACUAGUGAAGGCAAAGACGAAUUAUUGCCCACUGCUCAUGCGUCGUGGACCACCAACUACACACCCAGUUGCAAGUGGGAAGGAAACUGGGACAGGAGGGACCCGGGCAGCCUGCUGUCUCCCAACAAGACAGAGCUUGACGGGUCAGAGUUGAGUGGCCAGAUACAGAAGUUGAAACCCACGGCAACACGCCACCUGAUCCUGAUCAGACAUGGCCAGUACGACAUGGAUGGGGAGACAGACGAAAAGCGAAUUCUCUCUGCCCAAGGAAAGGAGCAAGCGGAAUUGACAGGCAAACGACUGAAAGAGUUGGACCACCCUUACACGUUAAUGAUCCAUUCCUCUAUGACCAGAGCUAAGGAGACAGCCGACAUCAUAGCUAAGAGUAUACCACAGGUCCCGAGGGGUGUUUGUGAUAUGCUGAGGGAAGGAGCUCCCAUCCCACCGGAACCUCCAGUGGGCCACUGGAAGCCGGAAUUGAAACAGUUCUACGAGGACGGUGCCCGCAUUGAAGCAGCCUUCCGAAAAUACUUCCACAGAGCUGACCCUGAUCAGGUCAAAGACAGCUAUGAGAUCCUGGUGUGCCAUGCCAACGUCAUUAGGUAUUUUGUAUGCAGGGCUAUGCAAUUUCCACCAGAGGCGUGGCUUCGUAUAAGCCUCAACCACGGCAGCAUUACCUGGCUAGCCAUCCGACCGAGUGGUCGUGUAUCCCUACGGCAGCUGGGCGAUUGUGGUCACAUGCCAGCUUCCAAAAUAAGCUCAACAUAGUAACAUCACAGGCAUCACGGGUUGCAGAUGUGUCAAGUCAAUAUUUAGGUUGCAGUAUUUUCUCGUUCAGUUAAAAUGUGCAUUAUAUGACUCAACCAAAACAGAAAAUUAACAUACGUCCAGUAACAGAAAAUUGACACACCUUGCUGUCAAUGUUUUUGGGUGGUUAUUGAACAUGCCCUCGUUGCCUCUGUCAGCAAACACAUUUCAAUGUUUGUUGAAGGGUAACUGCUGUUGCAACUGGGGAACAAAAUCGUUUUUUUUUUUCUUUUCUUUUUUUCAAAUUUGCCUGCCCCAGAAAAUUUGCCUGCAGCACAGAUGGGUUCAGGACAGUAUUUCCAGUGAGGAUCACAAUCCCGUGACCGAACCUUUCUCUCACAUGCAGUGUGCUCACCGAUGUUUUCUGCUCGUCAAGCAAAUAAGAUUUAACUUUGUACGAUUUUUACUUGUGCUGCACCAGAUCAUGAGUGGAUGAUGGACUAGUUUUUGGAUGCCAAUUUUCUUUGGGAUACCACUUUGCUAGCACCAGUGUGCACAAUGUUGCGUGGGAUUACCAGUGAUUUUCUGCUUUUGUUCUCAUUUUUUAAUUUUAUUUCUUGCAUGUUUGAUUUUGUUUUGGUUGGUGGGAUGACAUUUAUAACAGGUAACAAACACCUCACGUUUGUAGUGAAGUAUUUUACUUUUUGUAUUCAUCUGAUGUGCCAAAGUUCUCACUAAUUUCAUGUGAUUUCUUUCAAUUUGUUGAUUCCUAGAAUAAUUCCUGGGUAGCAUACAUCAGUUUUUGUGGGUAUGAAAUAUGUUAGCAGUAUUUGAUCAAAUUUAUUGGCAGGCCUUUACAUUACAAAGGGCGUUGGUUUUCUACUUCUUUCUGAUAAUCUUACAAGAGGUUUGUCAGGUAAAAAACAUUUUGGUGCAAUUCUAUUUUUAUACUUCCACAUAAGCAUGCAGUAAAACUAUGGAAUCUGACUUGAACGUGGACCGAGACAGACAUUCUAACAAAUCUGAAAUAAUUUCUUGAAUAGAAAGAACCGUCAAGAAAUUAUUAAAGUCAAAUUGAUUUGUCAAUCGGCUGUUA